UGUCAUCCUUUGAGAUAUACAUUUCCCUGGCGAUGUCUGCUGUAAUCAGUGCAUGCACUCCCUGCCAGCAAGGUCUAACUGUCAGAGACAGGCAGAGUGCACUGAGAGAGAGAAAAAAAGAGAGAGCGAGAGAGAAAGGAGUGAAGCUUUGGCUGUUUUUCCCUUCUGGCUUUGUGAAGAAAGGGGAAAUGGAUACCACUGGUGUGUCACUGUCCCUGUUUCACAUCCUUUGCUGCUGGCAGAAGGGACAAGACAAUGCACACUGUGGCAACAUCACAGUUGAUGGGAUUGACAAGGCAUCAGUUGCAACCUCAGAUGGGCCAACCCCAGGUUCUCGAACGCCUCCUUUCAAGAGGAAGGGCAAGCUUUCUACAAUUGGCAAAAUCUUCAAACCAUGGAAAUGGCGGAAAAAGAAGACAAGUGAAAAAUUUAUUGAAACAUCAGCAGUGCUGGAAAGAAAAAUAUCAACAAGGCAGAGCAGAGAAGAGCUGAUAAGGAGGGGUGUCCUGAAGGAAAUAACGGAGCAAGAUGGAGAUGUAACAGUAAAUUAUGAGACCUCUAAUGGCCACACUAUAGCAAUUGCUGAAGAAGCUAUACAAGAAGAAAAUGUCAUAAAGACUACAGAAGAUAAAAGCUCCAAAUCUGGAAAAGUAUCAGCUCCAGACGAAAGAAAAGAGGGUAAAAAAGAGAAAACUAAAGGUCCUGAAAUAUCGGCACCUCGUGCUGCUCCUCCUCCACCUCCACCACCACCUCCUCCUAAAUCUAAGCCUAAAGCUAAAAAAGCAACCAUACCUCCAAAAACUGCUACUGCUGCUACUACCAGCCAUAAGACUAAUGAAGUGCCACAUGCUAAAAAAAGAGGCAAAACUCCUGCUAAGCAGGCUUCUGCCCCUCCUUCCAAACCAACAAGUCGUAGUGUAAAUCGAGAAGCUGCUAGUUCCUCUAAUCCAAAAAAAGUGCAUGCUUCAAAGUCAUCAUCUCCUUCAUCCACAUCGUCCCGCCCUAAGACCUCCAAGGAGCCAGUGUCAAGCAAAAUAAGCACAGGGACACCUAGAGACAAGAAGAAGCAUGGAAAACAGGUGACCAUGCGAACACCUGCAGAUGAGGACAUUUCUUUAGCCUCAAACAUGAAAGCAGGCAAUUCAGAAGCAAAGAUGGAAGACUCUAAGCCAGGAGAGCCUCGCUGUGUUGUUCCUGAAGCUGGAGACACAACGCAACAGAACACAGCUGUUGUUCCUCCCCCUCCUCGGUCUAUUCCACCUCCUCUUCCUCCAUCCAUCCCAUCUCUCUCUUCAGGCUCUCGGCCCACUACUUUCUCGGAUGCACAAGAUGUGCCAGUUAGCACUGAAACAGGCCCGUCUGUUCCUGGCAUGGAUUCUAAUGAUCUCCAUACCAAAACUGAAGCAGACAGUGAAAGCUCUCCAAACAGUACUGUCUUAGACAAUAACCCAGAGGGAGAAGACAGAAGAUGUUCUGUUACCAAAGAAGACCAAGAAAAAGAAAAUCCUAAUCAAGCAAGUCCAGAGCCAACAGAUGAGUCGUCUGAAGCCCUGAACACUCCUGAAAGUGAAAGCAGCAAAGAGAAUCACACCAGUGACUCAGACUCAGACGGGCCUAUACUCUACACAGAUGAUGAAGAUGAAGAUGGUGAACAUAAUGAAAGCGCUUUAGCAAGAAAAAUACGUCGUAGAGAUACUCUUGCAAUCAAACUUGGCAACCGGCCAUCAAAAAAAGAACUGGAAGACAAAAAUAUCUUGCCAAGAGCAUCUGAAGAGGAGAGGCAGGAACUCAGACAUCAGAUUGGCACAAAACUAGUGAGGAGGCUUAGCCAGAGACCUACCUCUGAAGAGCUAGAGCAAAGAAACAUCCUGAGACACAAAAAUGAAGAAGAAGAACAGGAAGCCAAAAGAGAACUGAAGCGCAGUCUUAGCAGAAAGCUUAGUUUGAGACCAACAGUGGCUGAACUUCAGGCAAGGAGAAUUCUACGUUUUAAUGAAUAUGUGGAAGUAACAGAUUCUCCAGAUUAUGAUCGGCGUGCUGACAAGCCCUGGGCAAGGUUGACACCUGCAGACAAGGCAACAAUACGGAAAGAAUUAAAUGAAUUUAAAAGCACGGAAAUGGAAGUACAUGAAGAGAGUCGACAGUUUACAAGGUUUCACCGUCCAUAAGUGUUUGAAAUUAUUCCAUGGUCUGGACAAAGCAUUCCUUCCCAGAAAAGUACAACAUCCAGAGGACCUGAAAGUGCAUUACAACUAAGAUGUUUGGUGUAGUUGAAUGUGAAAUCACAUUUUACAGAGAUGGAGAGGAGAGUUCCCAAGAAUGGCCAUAUAAUAGAGGAAAUAAUAUAUUGCAGUCAACAUCUUCAGAAUAAGUGUUACUGUGAGAUUUAAUUUUCUUGACCAGAGAGGAAGUGAUAAAAAUCAAAUUUCAAAUAGAGUCGAAGCAGACAGAGCUGUGGUUUUAUUUGUCAGCCCCCAAAAGUAUGUUAGUCCAAAAUAUUAACACUCUUCAAGGAAGUAAUUUAAUAUCGUAUACCAAUAUUUGAUAACUUCUUUAUAGUGCUAAUUCAGGAAUGUGAACAAGUCUAUGUAUGCUGUUUCAGAAUCCUCAUCUUUCUGUAAACUGAUGAAAAACAACUUGAUUCCAAUUUUCCUGACCAGACCUUACAGUUCAAUCAUUUAAUGCCAGUAAUUAUUCAGUUUUUAAAAUAAAUUAUGGCUGUCAUGCUUUUACAACAUAUACAGCCUUGAACAGAGCAAGACUCAUCUGAGAUGCAGAGAUUUCAAAAGUUUCCCUGAGCAGAUAAAUAUAUAACUAAGGAUUGCAACACUGAUUUUUUUUCUAAGAUAAUGAAAGCUGUGGGUCCUCCAUAAUUGUGCAUCAAUUUUGAAACUAUGCUUAGGAACAAAGAUAUAUGGCAUAAUAAGAAUUGGGUAAAAUGAUACAAGCUUACUUCCCCCUCUUUUUUGUAGUUUGAAUUACACUGAACAGAUUCUUGGAUUAGGGUAAAGUAAGGCUUCGCGCCUGCAUCUCACAUGCCCACCAAGGUUCUCCUUCCACCCUACACAGCCCUGUGCUGCUAUUAUAUGCCAACGCACCAGUAGUUACCCAUUGGUGAGCCACAUAGAAUAUAGGGGCAUUACACUGCCUUUGGGCUAUGAGACAAAACUAUGAUGAAUCAUAUAUUUUCCGUUGUGAGUGCUCCACAAACACAUGAGAGGGGAAGUUCCCCAAAGAACACAGCACACACUUUCUCCUUCACCUUCAUUCCUUUGGGCACCACACAAGGACAGUUUGGGGAAUGGGAGGCUUAUGUGCAUCUCCUACAUAUUUCUGCAUCACCUUCCCUCCACUUAGUCAAGGCUUUCUUCUUUUUGCUUGAAAAAGCCUGAUGCACUGAAUACUCAUGUGCCAAGGGAGAAGAAGAGGGGGGGCAGAGCUCUGCAGGAACCUCGUAGCAUGUAGGCUGUGUGCCUAUAUGGGGAAGGAUCAUGUCAUGUUUAUUAUCUGUACAAGCUUCACAAAGGGCCUUGUGAAGACUACAGAAGGGCCUUGGAGCCUACAGCCUGUCUAUGUUGUAUGUCGAUCAUGUGGAGCAAAUUGUCUACUUUGAUACUAUCUUUUAAUUGUAUUUGUGAAAACAUGAUACGUUUAAAUAGUAUAAGGUGACGUGAAAGGCAGUAUGUGCUUUAUUAUAUGGGCCCUAAAUAUGGUGGCUUAUUCUAAGCCUAUGACAUUGUUUACACUAAAAAUUGUCUUAUAUUAGCACUUAUUUAUCCUUUUAAUGUACAACGUGAAACAUUUGGGCCUGAAAUACACAAGGACAUGUAUUGCAGUAUUACUUAUGCGCUAUUUAUCCUUUAAAAUGUAUGUACAUACUACAAUUUAUUUUUUCCAUGUGCCCUGUUUAGUUCUUAAUUAUAAAAAUAUAUGUAUUUUUUUCAGGCAAUAAAUGGUCUCUCCCUGUUUUUUUUU